AUGGCUGACAACGACGAAGAUGAUGGCGAUUUCACUCAGCAAGUGCAACCCUUUAAUGUCGUCUUCCACCAUGGAGGCGAGUUUGUAAGGAUGGAUGAUGGUGAAAUCAUAUUCAGGGGUGGUCUUUCAAGAACUGUUUAUAGGCAGAGCGAUGAUAAUGCUUAUGAUUUAUCUGCUUAUGCUACUGCUAUGCAAUUGGAUGCAGACAUGAGGCGUAGUUGUGUGAAUGAUUUUGCUGGGUUAGAUGUAAGUGAUGAAGAGAGAGUUAAACGCUUGAAUGACAAUGGGGAUGAAAGGACCACUGCUAUUGCAGAUGGAUUUGAAGGAAUUGAUGUCACUAUACCUAUUAGGAAGAGUCUAGAAAUAGCUGGUUUGUUACCUUGUCCCAGUAAGAGGAAAUUGGAAGACGAGGAUUAUGUUAGUGAGGAGUUGGACAGCUCAGAUCCAGAUAAAUUUGAAGAUGAAAAAGGGUCUAGGUUUGAGAAGUUCUGGAAAGAGCAAUUUAAUAAGAAUUUUAAGUUUAAAUGGGGUAUGCAGUUCAACUCUCUAGAUGACUUUAGGGAGGCAAUUCGUGAGUGGACAAUUUUAAAUGGAAUGGAGAUAACUUUUAUGAAAAAUGAGGGGUACAGAGUAAGGGUAGAGUGCAAGGCUCAAUGUGGAUUUUCCAUGCUUUGCUCAAGGGUGGGCCAGAAAGAAACUUUUGCCAUUAAGACUAAAAAAGAUACCCACACAUGUGCUAGGGUUUUAGAAAAUAGAUCUGCAAAUUCUAGAUGGGAGGCCAUGUAUGUUGUGAAGAAAAUGCAAACAACUAACACAGUGAGGAUCUCUGAUAUAAUACAAGACAUGAGACAAAACCAUUCAGUGGGUAUAACUGUGGCUCGGGCGUGGAAAGCCAAAUUGAUUGCAAAGAAGAUAAUUAAUGGAGAUGGUUCAUACAAUUGUUAA